AUGGCAUCCGGACUUCCGCAGCAAGUGCUUGCUCACAUCUGGUAAGAUAGUUGUCUUUCUCGUUUGUUCUCUGCUAAACUGCAAACAAUCAAACUUUACGUUAGCUCUAAAAAUGCUGCAGGUGGUCAUUGUGCGUCCUACAACCUCGUCCUCAGGGCGCUGGGGACGAGGUUGUGCGUCCUACUAUCCUGUUUAGUGUAUUUGCGAUUAAAAACAGAGGGCGAAACUGGAAAGAUGAAGGAUCUAAAUGUUAUAUUCUAAUCCUAUCCCUGGAACUGAAAAUAACGUGAUACAAUAGGCCAUUUCCGUACCUUAAACCUUUUUUCAAAACGAUGGCUAGUGCUUAGUCUGAUAUGAAAAUGAUUUCUAUUCUCAUUCAAGGAAACGUGGUCACAUGAAAGGUUUUUCACGUGGCCUAAUUUUGGAAGUGAGGGGUUUUGGAACUCGUAAAAGGCCUGUUGUGACCCAAAACUACUGAAAUACAUAAUUAACACUUUAAUCUACGUGAAAGGUUUGAACCUAGGAGUCAUUUCAGAAGUACAUGUGCGGUAGCUGUCUUCCGAGUCAAAGCCGGUGACUCUGAAGAUGACUACCGCACAGGUUGUCGAAACGUCAGUCACUGUCAACAUCAGUCCUAUUCAAGACUACGCUCACCCGGACGAUUAUACUCCACCUAAUUACUUUAAUCUCUGUUUAAGGGGGCUCUGUGACGUAACAAACCAAGGCCGUUUGAAUUCUGAACAGUUUUCGUUGGCCAUGUACCUUAUUCAUCAAAAAGUCAUGGGUGUCGAUCCACCACAGACUCUUAGUGCAGAGAUGGUACCGCCCUCAAUGAGAAAUGGAAGUGCUUCCACGCCCACGGCCACAGGGGAAGACAGGGUAUGUUAGUGUUAAUCUGGGGAGGGGUGUGGAAUGGGAAAAGAAUCACCAGGUUUGGGUGGGGAUCGGCGGCGUGCUGCGACGACAAGUCAUGAGGAAAACCUUGUCGGGUGUACUGACACUGCGGCAAGUCACGAGAAUCAAAGGUCAUGAAUGAUGCUCUCUUUUUGGUCCGUUUUGAUUUUGUAGUGGGGACAGAUCGAAUGAAAGGUGCACACGGUUACUUUGUCUCUGCGACUCAUUCCACGAAAUAAAUCCAGCUUAGAUUUAUGCGGUAUGUCACUGCAACCAAAUCUUCGUCACCACAACAGUAUUUAUGGGUUCAUCACGCGAGGGAACUACUGUAGCCGGCCAUGGGUCCCAGCAACGAAUCGAUGCAAAAUGUCGCCGAGUGCGGUGUUCAGCGGUUAGCAUUGGAUUCCAUCGGCCCGAAACCCCUUGGAUACCUUUCAAAGUUUACAUAACGUAGUAUUAUUCAUUGCUUCCGCAGUAUAUAUCUACAGUACAAGGGAAACCAAAGCCACAAGAAUGUAUAUGCUUGCUUCUUAAGGUGUCCAUGAGGUUUUAAGUGGUUUUAGGCCAAUGGGAUCCAUUGCUAACCGCGUUAAGCUUUACAGACGCCUCAUGGUGCGUUUGUCUUGUUUACGACUAAUUGACCUCAUCAACAUAAACUCAGUUUUGUGGGUAAAAGACAAAAGGUUGAUACAAGUUUUAGACAGUAACUUUGAAUAAAUAUUAAAUAGGCUUGUUGUGGUUUCCUUUUAGCAGGACGGGACAGCUGCUGGAAGCGUUGUUUCAAGCCUGAAUGAUUUUAGCGCCAUCAAAGAGCUUGAUAAAAUAAGCAAAGAAAUUGAAGAAUUAGGGAGGCAAGUUAUAAGUUUUGUUUCUUUGGUUUAGCAAAUGAUCAAAAUUAAUACUAAACUGUUCUACGUACAUGUUAUUUCUUUAACAGAGAAAAAGCCAAUCUACAGCGUGAAAUAGAAGAAAAAGAGGACAUGAUUAGACAAAGAAAUGGAGAAAUACAGGUGUAGUUCGAUAUUGAUGUAACAUUAGUGAACUGUAUCAUUGCCAAUAUAGUUUAGUUGUUGUUGUUUACUGCAAAACGAUCACGUGAUCCUUCUCCAUUUAUUACCGUUGCUGCAAUCUUUUCUUUUUAAGACAUCUUGCCAAAAAUGGGGAUUCUUAGUGUAUCCAUUUACUCACCAAGUAGUCUCCAUUGGACUCCCGUACACAGUAGAACAGUCUUGCGACCACUUUGCACACACGUCGAUGUUGCAACACGUCCUUAUGUGCCUUCUAGCAUAGAGAGACAGAAUGGAGCCAUUUAUACGAGGAAAAAUAAGACGCGAACUGUAGCAUUUAUACCAGCAUGUCUUAUCUAAGACGAGAACAGCUCGUAUAAAUGGUUCGCGUCUUAUUUCUGUUCUUGACUCGUUUUCAUGUGAAUGUUGCCCGUAGCAACGGCCAUCCAACAUGGCGCGCCAAAAAUUAACACAUGCGUACUAUGCGUUCGCGUCUUAUCGAAGACGUGAAGGUCAUUUAUACGAAAAUUUCUCGUCUUAGCAAAGACGCGUCUUAUCUAAGAACAGGUGUUAAGGGCUGUUCUAAAAUAAGACGCGUCUUACCUAAGUCGCGUCUUAUUUUAGACGAAAUGUGCCGUUUAUUCGGAAAGUUCGCGUCUUAUUCAAGACGCGUUUUAUGUAAGACGCGUCUAUUUUUCCUCGCAUAAAUGGCCCUAAUGACGAUGAUGACGAUGACUAUGACAUUGAUGAUUAUGGUAAAAAUGAGGGGGGAGGAGGAGGAGGGGGAAGACAAUGACAACGACAAUCAUCAUCAUCAUCAUCAUCAUCAUCAUACAAAAUUGUACUUGUUUGAGUGUCAAUGUAGUUUGCGCGAAAGUGUUAAUUGAGGACACUAUUUCUACGCCUCGUUGCAGGGCAAAGGCUUUCUCAGUUAUUUUUGAGACACUGAGUAUUGGUCCGGCCUCGGGAAUCGAACCCGCGACCUUCCGCUCAGCGGUCAAGCACUCUACCGACUGAGCUAAUCGUGCCGCGGUAAAGAGACCUCGUCGUCAUCAGCAGCAUCAUAAUAGACGUUAAAACCAUACGUACUUAAUUUUUAACUGUCUUAGGACUUAGCUUGGAAAGAAAGUAAAGGAAAGACAAGGCUGUACCAAGAGGGAAUGGUGCAUAGAUAAGCAGAAAACUAACAUCUGUUGUUUAUUUGGGCGCAGAAUCUACAAACUGAGCUGGAGAAAACCAAAGUAAAGUACCAAGAAUUAGAGAAACAGAAGGCUGACGCUCAGAGCAAGCUCGAUGAGUUGGAUAAGGAGGUUAGAAUGAAAGAUGUUUUUUUUUCUGCUGAUGUGUUGUGUCGUGACGGACGUUUGAAGCUCGCUCACCUGGCAUGCGGCAAUCCUCGCUAUAUUUUAGAGAGAGUGCAAAAUGAUUUAUUUGCAGUCAAAAACGUAUAAUUGUGGUAUAAACGGUGCAGGAGAGUAAUGGGUGUUGUUCUUUUAUUCCCAGAAAGCUAAAUAUGAAGAGAUGCUGAAGGAUGCCAAACAAAAAUGUGACGAAGAAACAAAAACUGUGAGUAUUUUGCUUUGACACCAGCCUUCCUAUCACCUUUUUGUUGUUGUUGUUGUUUUUGCACAAAAGACAUCGUAGGACAAAAGGAAAAUAACAAAUAUCAAGAAUGGAUAGUGUUUUGGGCGUGAUCUGACUGACUAGUCAGACCCAUUCAAGUUCAGGGUUGUUGUUUUAUGGCAUUCACGGUCGCCACAAUGAUUCACCUGUGUGUUACGCGCCAUUCGUUUUCACGCGCGCCCUUCGUGUUUUCGCACGUCUGAUUUUCUCUUUCCCUCUCUCGUCUUCGAACCUCUUCCACGCAACUAGGUAGUGAAUAACAACUAAACAGCUAGAAGCUUAUGGCUAAAAGAGUUGUCAGAAGAAAACAGUUCUAUAUCCAACCAAAAUUCAGUAAAGUGAAUUUUUGCUGUUUUUCUUGUUAGAUAAACAGUUUACAAGCGCAAAUUGCCUCUUCAAGACAGUCAGCCCUGGUAAGUAGAAUCGCCCCACUCCCUAGGGGAAAAAAUGUUUGUAACGAUCUAAACUUAUUUUUUUUAGUAAAAAUUUUCCUUUCGUUUCCUAUUUUCUAGCACCAAGAGGAAGAAUUAAGUCAAGCAAGAGACGAAUUAAACAAGCUGAGAGAGGAUGAAACGAAACUUGAACGAGAAGUAAGAAAUAAUGACCUUAUAAAAUGGGGGGAAAUGCUGUCUUCUUUUUCUUUCUCUCCUUUUUCUUUUUUUUCUAUUCUCGUCACUUUGCCAGAAGGUGCUAUCUUCUUCUCUCUUCUCCAAAUUCGUUUAUAAACUAUUAUUUCUUAAAAGGAAAUGACUGACUCAGUAACUUAAACCGAAAUUGUAUGCCUUGCUAUUUUUUAACAGAUCGAAUCAAGUAAAGAACAUUUGGAGGCUGUACAGAAACAAAUCAAAUCUGUUCAGACAGAAUUAUCACAGGUAACGAUCACAACAGGGCCAUUUAAGGUGUAGUCUCCCUUGCAUCCGUUUUUUGGAUGUCACGCAACGCUCUUGGGGGAGCGUUGCGUGACAUCCAAAAAACGGCUGCGAGGCAGACUAUUUUAGGUGGGACCUCUCUGGUUGAGGUAGAGGUACCGCAGGCUCCUUUGCAGCCGCCCGAGCCGGAGUCACGUUUUCUCCCCGGAGCUUUGCGUGACGCACUCGCGAGCGGUCGCGAAGGAGACCAGAGAUACCCUGCUUAUCAACAAAAUCAUUACUUCAAGUAGAUCAGUACUUGGUUCAGGAACAGUUCCCAGUCGUUUCACUCCUGUUAUUGACUCAUUCAGUUACUGGCAGAAGUCACAACUUUUGUUGAAAGGCUAACUGUCAUGUAGGAGAUACAGCCGAUAGUAUUUGGGAAGAGAUUAUCUUGUAUUUGCACAACUAGAUGUAACAUUACCAAAAAAAGGAAACUCUAAUAUGAUAUUUGUCAGCCGUUUGUAAAUCUAAAUUUAAGAAAUAAUGCAAAGGCUUUGUUGUAAGUGAUUUUCUUCUCAGCUUGUUUUUAGCAUUGUUUAGACGGAACAUUUUCUGGAGACAAAAUGCUUUUCUUUGCUUCCGUAGUGUUUGUCUUUGUUAUUUUAAUCCAUGCCAUCACAUUCAUUUCCUGACAGUCCUGAAUACAAACGUUUCUCUCAAUGCAGUCACUCUAAUUGCCUGGGCCGGGUUGUUCAAAGCUGGGUUAAGAUAACCCGGGGUUAGUGCGAAAUUUGAAUUCAGAUUUGAAAGCUUAAAAAGUAACUUCAGUUUAACUCUUUCUGUCUGCAAGUUGAUGAUUGGAUGCUCUCAAGAAUAACAGAGAAAAUUGUUGAAGAAAAUGCUUUGAACAAAAGAAAAAGAAACCCUCGGUUAAAUUUAACCCUAGGUUAAGCGCUAAUCGGCCUUUGAACAACUGGGCCCUGAUUGUAAAUUUUAGUUCCUUAUGUAUCGUUGAUAGUAUCAAUUGGUUUUGUAGGUUAGAUCAAAGGUGUCAACGCUGGAAGAAACGAACAAUAGUCUAAACGCUAAUAUUGCGCAUUACAACUCUCUGAUGAACUCAAAUAGCGUAGCCAGUGGUCCCGCCCCUAUUCCUGAUUUUACACCACUUCAUGAUGCCUUUGAUAUGACACCGACUCCUUCUGAAGCGGACGCUAUGAGCGUUAGAGCAACGGUAAGCUACGAGAAUGAACUACAGUUUCGCUCAACUCAUGUACAAAAGGGCAACAGUAUUUCAUUUCGAUAGACUGCACUGAGUAAUAAAGAAAACAAAGCUUUCUGAAAGGAAAAAAUCGAGACCUUCAGAUAAGGGGGAGGGGGGCGGGGGUGGUCUUCCAGACCCUGAGAUAAAGGGAGCGGUCUCAGAAAAAGUUUUUCAGCCCCUCGGACCUCAGUUUGGUCUAAAAAUAAGGGGGAGGCCCGGCCCCCCCAGGCCCCUCCUCUGGAUUUGCCUCUGAAUAAAAUUAGGUAUUUGCGUUAGAUCCGUUUUUGCUCUGAUUGGUUAAUUUAAACGGUGUCAAACUAAACAGCCAUUAAAAGAGUUAGCCAUUCUCAACCAUAAAAAUGUAGUGUCUUAAAUUUUUCUUUGUUUGAUUUUCUGUAGGCAGGAAGCAGUCCCGUAAGUAGUAUUAGUGGUUUUAGUGUUGGAUCUGGUCGAGUUGAUGAAGCUGUGGACGAUUUUAAGGUAUAGUUAGUUCUACAGUCCUGUUUUGCCGGAAGUCUUUCUUCUGAUUAGCUAAGACUUAAAGAGCAAAUGAAACAUAGAUAAAUCUUUUCUCUUUUAGGAUUCAGAUCCCUUCAAGAGUAAAGAAAAUUUAUUUAGUUCCUCAGAAGCAGGUAAGCUCCAACGCGCACCAUGGUUUUCAAUGAUUGACUGAUGUUUUUUCUAGCUCAUUGUUAUCUCCCAGAGUCCUAUCCAGUUGUCCUUGAAAAUCGUUUCUCCCGAGAGUCUCAAUAUCAGUGUUCAUCCACAAGUGUUUUCUCACUAAAAGCAUCCCUAAUGUGGAAAGUGCUUUGCUGGAUUGACCUAUCAGAUUGCCGAAAAGCGGAUGACGUCAAAGACGACAGAACCCAAGCGAGUCGCUUCGGGCGUUUGCUUCUGUUCGCUGAGCUGUGAAAAUUGUUUGUUCACUUGUUUUGAUAAACUAGUUAAACGGCUAGCGAUCAUUCACAUAGUCGUGUUUGUCUCGAAAUCGAUAUUUGCACAUCAUAAGCCAAAAUUCUCAAACGCCAACAUGAGAGUUCCCUCGUUGGCAUGGAAGUGUUUUGGUCGCUUCUUAUCAUUAAAAAUCGUGAGACAAAUCGCUCUUUGACAGUGCAUGCAAGUUCUGACGGUAUAUUCAUUUGUUACGAAAGUAAAAGCGAAUAAACAUGAACUCUCUCUUCUAUUUCAGAAUCUAACGACCCCUUUCACGUGGAUGACCCCUUCAAGACAGACCCAUUUCAUUAUAAAAGCGUCUCCUUCGCAGACCCGUUCACAGCGGAUCCUUUUGAGGUGAGAAGCAAAUAACAUGGCUGGUUACAAUAGUAUUGAUCCAAAACAUUUUCCCAACUAAACACCUUACUCCAAAAUGAUUGCAAUAAAACCAUUUUUUUUCUUAUGUUAAUUAGUAAAAUCCAACUAGUGGUGUAUUAUCAAUGCUGCGUUCUGAUUGUUUGAGCUAUUGCUAGGCUAUAUGUUAUAGCCCACUAGUAGCGAAAAGCGCCGGCUUUGGAAACGCGUUUUGCUAGCUAAAGUUUUUGUCUCGAUAUUUUUGACCAACUAGUUGGAUUUUACGAAAACAAUUAUUCCUCUCGUCCUCAUAGCCUCUGAGUGGGUUAUUGACUCAGAGCCCAUUCGGCUCGAGGAAUAAUUGUUUAUUAGCCCUCUUUGCCUUACUCGCAUCUGCAAAAUUCAUAAGAGUUUUUACCUUGAAACGAUGCAUUUAGGGCCAAUUAUCGUGAUGACAAAAGAAUAACAAAAUUUGACGCCAUUUUGUAACAAGGUGCAUACAUUAGACUGAAACAGUUUGCAUUCGUUUGACCGCUAGACGUACAAAAACCUUAAUUCUUCUCUAGAGUACGUACGCUGGCUCUUCCAACCUCAAUGCAACGGCAUGGUUUGCUUCUACACUUCUGUUGUGGAAGUCGUGUCUGGAAUGUUAUCCCAAAUUCUAGUAGUCUUAAUUGGUUUCAUUAUAGGACGUAGGAAGUGUAGAUAUUAAGUUUUCCUAUUCGUCUGUCAGGGUGAAGAUUUGUUCAAAAGUGACCCCUUUAAAAGCGACUUACCAGCACGUGGCGAGGCUAACGGCACUGCAACAGGAAUAUCGAACGGUAAGUCUCGAGUUUCAGACGAGGUAAAUCUUGGCUGCAUUACUUUUGCCUUGAUAUGCUUUUUAAUCAUCGUGCUUGCGCACUUUUCCUUUUUCCACACACAGUUGACUUAUGAUUGGCUGAAAAAUCACGCGCUACUUUCUAGACCAAUCAGAAGUGAAACCAAAACUACAUGUGACAUCCUCACUCAUGCGCACGUGCCUCCCGGGCUUAGCACCUGCUUAUUGUAUCUGUCGCGAGUUUUGAUUGGUUUAUUUGAUUGUUUGCUCGUUUUGUGAUUGGCCAGAAAAAAAUGGCUUUCGUUUUGUUUUCACUACGCUCUUUCGUAAGGGGCUUUGAGAAAAUCAGUAUGUGAUGUGUACUUUUUUUUUUUCUUAUCUGUAGGAUUAUCUGCUUCGCCUUCGAAAUCAGAUCCUUUUGCUAUGGAUCCAUUUCAAAGUACAUUCCCGAGUAGCAAGGUAAGUAACCAAGUUCAUUUGGCAGAGCAACGCUCUCCGUUUCUCUAUUUGAUUUCACAUUCGCAGUCGACAUAAUGUGAUUUUCUUUACACUUUACCGUAAAAAAAAACAGGGUUUAUUAAAUCUGGAAGGCGUUCCUGAUAUCAAAAAAAGGCUUUCUGAUGAAAUUUCAAUGCGGUGAAUUUGUUACAACCUUUUUAAGGAUUUUUUACCUGUUUACGUCUCUUACAGAGUUCGACAGAUAACUUCUUUAGCUCAGAUCCCUUCAAACCAUCUGGAAGUAGUUCAGAUUCUAAGAAAACCACAGACAGCAAAGACUUGAGCUCUUCUGCGAAGGACCCUUUCAGCAAUCCUUUUGGUUCUGAUCCGUUUGGU